AUGCGCACCCACGAGACCCGCACGGAGGGCGUGCUCGACUGCACAGGCGCGCUCACCGUCCUCGCUACAAAGCUCACCGCUGUGGCGUAUAACUACCAGGACGGGCUCACGCUGCUGGAGGGGAAGGACGAAGGCGCGCAAUCCAAGGACGAGAAGGAGAGGAAGGAGUUGACCGAGGAGCAGAGACGGCGGGAGGAGCGGACAGAGCGCUCGCGAUUGGAGCGGCGAAAGGCGGCGCUGGUUACCAUGCCGUCGGUGCUGGAGCUGAUGGGGUAUCUGUUCUGCUUCGGGCUGCACAUGACGGGCCCGUUCUUUGAGUUCACGGCGUAUGACGACUGGACCCGGCGACAAGGGAUCUGGUCCGCGGGUGUCAAGCAGCCGCCCAUCCUCCCGCCAUUCCUCCGUGCGUUCAUCCAGGGCGUGCUCUCAGCGCUCGUCUUUCUGCUCGUGUCCCCCUCGCUCGACCUCACUCAAAUCAGCAACCUACACAAGAACCGCGCCCACCCCGUCCACGUGCGCUGGCUCGUGGCGCACCACGCGUGCAUCGUGUGGCGCUUCCGCGCGUACAUCGUGUGGAGCAUCACCGAGGCCGCCAUGAUCACCGCCGGGCUCGGCUUCACCGGCUGGGAGACCCCCACGGGGGACCCUGGGAAGGGCGGGGACGUGAAGUUGAACGGGGGGAAACUGGAGGGGGCGAAGGGGAAUGGGAAGGGCGGUGGGGAUGGGGAUGUGGGAAAGCAGGAGGGUGAUAGGACGUGUGCGGCGCCUGCAGGGGAGGGGAAGGCACUGUGGUAUCGGGCUCGCAACGUGGACAUACUGAGGGUUGAGUUUCCCACGAGCUGCCUCGACUUUGCUACCAAGUGGAACAUCCCAUGUGCUUACUGCCUCCCAUGUGCUUACUGCCUCCCAUGUGCUUACUGCCUCCCAUGUGCUUACUGCCUCCCAUGUGCUUACUGCCUCCCAUGUGCUUACUGCCUCCCAUGUGCUUACUGCCUCCCAUGUGCUUACUGCCUCCCAUGUGCUUACUGCCUCCCAUGUGCUUACUGCCUCCCAUGUGCUUACUGCCUCCCAUGUGCUUACUGCCUCCCAUGUGCUUACUGCCUCCCAUGUGCUUACUGCCUCCCAUGUGCUUACUGCCUCCCAUGUGCUUACUGCCUCCCAUGUGCUUACUGCCUCCCAUGUGCUUACUGCCUCCCAUGUGCUUACUGCCUCCCAUGUGCUUACUGCCUCCCAUGUGCUUACUGCCUCCCAUGUGCUUACUGCCUCCCAUGUGCUUACUGCCUCCCAUGUGCUUACUGCCUCCCAUGUGCUUACUGCCUCCCAUGUGCUUACUGCCUCCAUGUGCUUACUGCCUCCCAUGUGCUUACUGCCUCCCAUGUGCUUACUGCCUCCCAUGUGCUUACUAGCCUCCCAUGGUGCUUACUGCCUCCAUGUGCUUACUGCCUCCCAUGUGCUUACUGCCUCCCAUGUGCUUACUGCAUUACUGCCCAUGUGCUUACUGCCUCCCAUGUGCUUACUGCCUCCCAUGUGCUUACUGCCUCCCAUGUGCUUACUGCCUCCCAUGUGCUUACUGCCUCCCAUGUGCUUAAUGCCUCCCAUGUGCUUACUGCCUCCCAUGUGCUUACUGCCUCCCAUGUGCUUACUGCCUCCCAUGUGCUUACUGCUCCCUGUGCUUACUGCCUCCCAUGUGCUUACUGCCUCCCAUGUGCUUACUGCCUCCCAUGUGCUUACUGCCUCCCAUGUGCUUACUGCCUCCCAUGUGCUUACUGCCUCCCAUGUGCUUACUGCCUCCCAUGUGCUUACUGCCUCCCAUGUGCUUACUGCCUCCCAUGUGCUUACUGCCUCCCAUGUGCUUACUGCCUCCCAUGUGCUUACUGCCUCCCAUGUGCUUACUGCCUCCCAUGUGCUUACUGCCUCCCAUGUGCUUACUGCCUCCCAUGUGCUUACUGCCUCCCAUGUGCUUACUGCCUCCCAUGUGCUUACUGCCUCCCAUGUGCUUACUGCCUCCCAUGUGCUUACUGCCUCCCAUGUGCUUACUGCCUCCCAUGUGCUUACUGCCUCCCAUGUGCUUACUGCCUCCCAUGUGCUUACUGCCUCCCAUGUGCUUACUGCCUCCCAUGUGCUUACUGCCUCCCAUGUGCUUACUGCCUCCCAUGUGCUUACUGCCUCCCAUGUGCUUACUGCCUCCCAUGUGCUUACUGCCUCCCAUGUGCUUACUGCCUCCCAUGUGCUUACUGCCUCCCAUGUGCUUACUGCCUCCAUGUGCUUACUGCCUCCCAUGUGCUUACUGCCUCCCAUGUGCUUACUGCCUCCCAUGUGCUUACUGCCUCCCAUGUGCUUACUGCCUCCCAUGUGCUUACUGCCUCCCAUGUGCUUACUGCCUCCCAUGUGCUUACUGCCUCCCAUGUGCUUACUGCCUCCCAUGUGCUUACUGCCUCCCAUGUGCUUACUGCCUCCCAUGUGCUUACUGCCUCCCAUGUGCUUACUGCCUCCCAUGUGCUUACUGCCUCCCAUGUGCUUACUGCCUCCCAUGUGCUUACUGCCUCCCAUGUGCUUACUGCCUCCCAUGUGCUUACUGCCUCCCAUGUGCUUACUGCCUCCCAUGUGCUUACUGCCUCCCAUGUGCUUACUGCCUCCCAUGUGCUUACUGCCUCCCAUGUGCUUACUGCCUCCCAUGUGCUUACUGCCUCCCAUGUGCUUACUGCCUCCCAUGUGCUUACUGCCUCCCAUGUGCUUACUGCCUCCCAUGUGCUUACUGCCUCCCAUGUGCUUACUGCCUCCCAUGUGCUUACUGCCUCCCAUGUGCUUACUGCCUCCCAUGUGCUUACUGCCUCCCAUGUGCUUACUGCCUCCCAUGUGCUUACUGCCUCCCAUGUGCUUACUGCCUCCCAUGUGCUUACUGCCCUCCCAUGUGCUUACUGCCUCCCAUGUGCUUACUGCCUCCCAUGUGCUUACUGCCUCCCAUGUGCUUACUGCCUCCCAUGUGCUUACUGCCUCCCAUGUGCUUACUGCCUCCCAUGUGCUUACUGCCUCCCAUGUGCUUACUGCCUCCCAUGUGCUUACUGCCUCCCAUGUGCUUACUGCCUCCCAAUGUGCUUACUGCCUCCCAUGUGCUUACUGCCUCCCAUGUGCUUACUGCCUCCCAUGUGCUUACUGCCUCCCAUGUGCUUACUGCCUCCCAUGUGCUUACUGCCUCCCAUGUGCUUACUGCCUCCCAUGUGCUUACUGCCUCCCAUGUGCUUACUGCCUCCCAUGUGCUUACUGCCUCCCAUGUGCUUACUGCCUCCCCAUGUGCUUACUGCCUCCCAUGUGCUUACUGCCUCCCAUGUGCUUACUGCCUCCCAUGUGCUUACUGCCUUCCCAUUGUGCUUACUGCCUCCCAUGUGCUUACUGCCUCCCCAUGUGCUUACUGCCUCCCAUGUGCUUACUGCCUCCCAUGUGCUUACUGCCUCCCAUGUGCUUACUGCCUCCCAUGUGCUUACUGCCUCCCAUUUGCUUACUGCCUCCCAUGUGCUUACUGCCUCCCAUGUGCUUACUGCCUCCCAUGUGCUUACUUGCCUCCAUGUGCUUACUGCCUCCCAUGUGCUUACUGCCUCCCAUGUGCUUACUGCCUCCAUGUGCUUACUGCCUCCCAUGUGCUUACUGCCUCCCAUGUGCUUACUGCCUCCCAUGUGCUUACUGCCUCCCAUGUGCUUACUGCCUCCCAUGUGCUUACUGCCUCCCAUGUGCUUACUGCCUCCCAUGUGCUUACUGCCUCCCAUGUGCUUACUGCCUCCCAUGUGCUUACUGCCUCCCAUGUGCUUACUGCCUCCCAUGUGCUUACUGCCUCCCAUGUGCUUACUUGCCAUUGCCUCCCAUGUGCUUACUGCCUCCCAUGUGCUUUACUGCCUCCCAUGUGCUUACUGCCUCCCAUGUGCUUACUGCCUCCCAUGUGCUUACUGCCUCCCAUGUGCUUACUGCCUCCCAUGUGCUUACUGCCUCCCAUGUGCUUACUGCCUCCCAUGUGCUUACUGCCUCCCAUGUGCUUACUGCCUCCCAUGUGCUUACUGCCUCCCAUGUGCUUACUGCCUCCCAUGUGCUUACUGCCUCCCAUGUGCUUACUGCCUCCCAUGUGCUUACUGCCUCCCAUGUGCUUACUGCCUCCCAUGUGCUUACUGCCUCCCAUGUGCUUACUGCCUCCCAUGUGCUUACUGCCUCCCAUGUGCUUACUGCCUCCCAUGUGCUUACUGCCUCCCAUGUGCUUACUGCCUCCCAUGUGCUUACUGCCUCCCAUGUGCUUACUGCCUCCCAUGUGCUUACUGCCUCCCAUGUGCUUACUGCCUCCCAUGUGCUUACUGCCUCCCAUGUGCUUACUGCCUCCCAUGUGCUUACUGCCUCCCAUGUGCUUACUGCCUCCCAUGUGCUUACUGCCUCCCAUGUGCUUACUGCCUCCCAUGUGCUUACUGCCUCCCAUGUGCUUACUGCCUCCCAUGUGCUUACUGCCUCCCAUGUGCUUACUCUGCCUCCCAUGUGCUUACUGCCUCCCAUGUGCUUUACUGCCUCCCAUGUGCUUACUGCCUCCCAUGUGCUUACUGCCUCCCAUGUGCUUACUGCCUCCCAUGUGCUUACUGCCUCCCAUGUGCUUACUGCCUCCCAUGUGCUUACUUGCCUCCCAUGUGCUUACUGCCUCCCAUGUGCUUACUGCCUCCCAUGUGCUUACUGCCUCCCAUGUGCUUACUGCCUCCCAUGUGCUUACUGCCUCCCAUGUGCUUACUGCCUCCCAUGUGCUUACUUGCCUCCCAUGUGCUUACUGCCUCCAUGUGCUACUGCCUCCCAUGUGCUUACUGCCUCCCAUGUGCUUACUUGCCUCCCAUGUGCUUACUGCCUCCCAUGUGCUUACUUGCCUCCCAUGUGCUUACUGCCUCCCAUGUGCUUACCUGCCUCCCAUGUGCUUACUGCCUCCCAUGUGCUUACUGCCUCCCAUGUGCUUACUGCCUCCCAUGUGCUUACUGCCUCCCAUGUGCUUACUGCCUCCCAUGUGCUUACUGCCUCCCAUGUGCUUACUGCCUCCCAUGUGCUUACUGCCUCCCAUGUGCUUACUGCCUCCCAUGUGCUUACUGCCUCCCAUGUGCUUACUGCCUCCCAUGUGCUUACUGCCUCCCAUGUGCUUACUGCCUCCCAUGUGCUUACUGCCUCCCAUGUGCUUACUGCCUCCCAUGUGCUUACUGCCUCCCAUGUGCUUACCUGCCUCCCAUGUGCUUACUGCCUCCCAUGUGCUUACUGCCUCCCAUGUGCUUACUGCCUCCCAUGUGCUUACUGCCUCCCAUGUGCUUACUGCCUCCCAUGUGCUUACUGCCUCCCAUGUGCUUACUGCCUCCCAUGUGCUUACUGCCUCCCAUGUGCUUACUGCCUCCCAUGUGCUUACUGCCUCCCAUGUGCUUACUGCCUCCCAUGUGCUUACUGCCUCCCAUGUGCUUACUCUGCCUCCCAUGUGCUUACUGCCUCCCAUGUGCUUACUGCCUCCCAUGUGCUUACUGCCUCCCAUGUGCUUACUGCCUCCCAUGUGCUUACUGCCUCCCAUGUGCUUACUGCCUCCCAUGUGCUUACUGCCUCCCAUGUGCUUACUGCCUCCCAUGUGCUUACUGCCUCCCAUGUGCUUACUGCCUCCCAUGUGCUUACUGCCUCCCAUGUGCUUACUGCCUCCCAUGUGCUUACUGCCUCCCAUGUGCUUACUGCCUCCCAUGUGCUUACUGCCUCCCAUGUGCUUACUGCCUCCCAUGUGCUUACUGCCUCCCAUGUGCUUACUGCCUCCCAUGUGCUUACUGCCUCCCAUGUGCUUACUGCCUCCCAUGUGCUUACUGCCUCCCAUGUGCUUACUGCCUCCCAUGUGCUUACUGCCUCCCAUGUGCUUACUGCCUCCCAUGUGCUUACUGCCUCCCAUGUGCUUACUGCCUCCCAUGUGCUUACUGCCUCCCAUGUGCUUACUGCCUCCCAUGUGCUUACUGCCUCCCAUGUGCUUACUGCCUCCCAUGUGCUUACUGCCUCCCAUGUGCUUACUGCCUCCCAUGUGCUUACUGCCUCCAUGUGCUUACUGCCUCCCAUGUGCUUACUGCCUCCCAUGUGCUUACUGCCUCCCAUGUGCUUACUGCCUCCCAUGUGCUUACUGCCUCCCAUGUGCUUACUGCCUCCCAUGUGCUUACUCUGCCUCCCAUGUGCCUUACUGCCUCCCAUGUGCUUACUGCCUCCCAUGUGCUUACUGCCUCCCAUGUGCUUACUGCCUCCCAUGUGCUUACUGCCUCCCAUGUGCUUACUGCCUCCCAUGUGCUUACUCUGCCUCCCAUGUGCUUACUGCCUCCCAUGUGCUUACUGCCUCCCAUGUGCUUACUGCCUCCCAUGUGCUUACUGCCUCCCAUGUGCUUACUGCCUCCCAUGUGCUUACUGCCUCCAUGUGCUUACUGCCUCCCAUGUGCUUACUGCCUCCAUGUGCUUACUGCCUCCCAUUGUGCUUACUGCCUCCCAUGUGCUUACUGCCUCCCAUGUGCUUACUGCCUCCCAUGUGCUUACUGCCUCCCAUGUGCUUACUGCCUCCCAUGUGCUUACUGCCUCCCAUGUGCUUACUGCCUCCCAUGUGCUUACUGCCUCCCAUGUGCUUACUGCCUCCCAUGUGCUUACUGCCUCCCAUGUGCUUACUGCCUCCCAUGUGCUUACUGCCUCCCAUGUGCUUACUGCCUCCCAUGUGCUUACUGCCUCCCAUGUGCUUACUGCCUCCCAUGUGCUUACUGCCUCCCAUGUGCUUACUGCCUCCCAUGUGCUUACUGCCUCCCAUGUGCUUACUGCCUCCCAUGUGCUUACUGCCUCCCAUGUGCUUACUGCCUCCCAUGUGCUUACUGCCUCCCAUGUGCUUACUGCCUCCCAUGUGCUUACUGCCUCCCAUGUGCUUACUGCCUCCCAUGUGCUUACUGCCUCCCAUGUGCUUACUGCCUCCCAUGUGCUUACUGCCUCCCAUGUGCUUACUGCCUCCCAUGUGCUUACUGCCUCCCAUGUGCUUACUGCCUCCCAUGUGCUUACUGCCUCCCAUGUGCUUACUGCCUCCCAUGUGCUUACUGCCUCCCAUGUGCUUACUGCCUCCCAUGUGCUUACUGCCUCCCAUGUGCUUACUGCCUCCCAUGUGCUUACUGCCUCCCAUGUGCUUACUGCCUCCCAUGUGCUUACUGCCUCCCAUGUGCUUACUGCCUCCCAUGUGCUUACUGCCUCCCAUGUGCUUACUGCCUCCCAUGUGCUUACUGCCUCCCAUGUGCUUACUGCCUCCCAUGUGCUUACUGCCUCCCAUGUGCUUACUGCCUCCCAUGUGCUUACUGCCUCCCAUGUGCUUACUGCCUCCCAUGUGCUUACUGCCUCCCAUGUGCUUACUGCCUCCCAUGUGCUUACUGCCUCCCAUGUGCUUACUGCCUCCCAUGUGCUUACUGCCUCCCAUGUGCUUACUGCCUCCCAUGUGCUUACUGCCUCCCAUGUGCUUACUGCCUCCCAUGUGCUUACUGCCUCCCAUGUGCUUACUGCCUCCCAUGUGCUUACUGCCUCCCAUGUGCUUACUGCCUCCCAUGUGCUUACUGCCUCCCAUGUGCUUACUGCCUCCCAUGUGCUUACUGCCUCCCAUGUGCUUACUGCCUCCCAUGUGCUUACUGCCUCCCAUGUGCUUACUGCCUCCCAUGUGCUUACUGCCUCCCAUGUGCUUACUGCCUCCCAUGUGCUUACUGCCUCCCAUGUGCUUACUGCCUCCCAUGUGCUUACUGCCUCCCAUGUGCUUACUGCCUCCCAUGUGCUUACUGCCUCCCAUGUGCUUACUGCCUCCCAUGUGCUUACUGCCUCCCAUGUGCUUACUGCCUCCCAUGUGCUUACUGCCUCCCAUGUGCUUACUGCCUCCCAUGUGCUUACUGCCUCCCAUGUGCUUACUGCCUCCCAUGUGCUUACUGCCUCCCAUGUGCUUACUGCCUCCCAUGUGCUUACUGCCUCCCAUGUGCUUACUGCCUCCCAUGUGCUUACUGCCUCCCAUGUGCUUACUGCCUCCCAUGUGCUUACUGCCUCCCAUGUGCUUACUGCCUCCCAUGUGCUUACUGCCUCCCAUGUGCUUACUGCCUCCCAUGUGCUUACUGCCUCCCAUGUGCUUACUGCCUCCCAUGUGCUUACUGCCUCCCAUGUGCUUACUGCCUCCCAUGUGCUUACUGCCUCCCAUGUGCUUACUGCCUCCCAUGUGCUUACUGCCUCCCAUGUGCUUACUGCCUCCCAUGUGCUUACUGCCUCCCAUGUGCUUACUGCCUCCCAUGUGCUUACUGCCUCCCAUGUGCUUACUGCCUCCCAUGUGCUUACUGCCUCCCAUGUGCUUACUGCCUCCCAUGUGCUUACUGCCUCCCAUGUGCUUACUGCCUCCCAUGUGCUUACUGCCUCCCAUGUGCUUACUGCCUCCCAUGUGCUUACUGCCUCCCAUGUGCUUACUGCCUCCCAUGUGCUUACUGCCUCCCAUGUGCUUACUGCCUCCCAUGUGCUUACUGCCUCCCAUGUGCUUACUGCCUCCCAUGUGCUUACUGCCUCCCAUGUGCUUACUGCCUCCCAUGUGCUUACUGCCUCCCAUGUGCUUACUGCCUCCCAUGUGCUUACUGCCUCCCAUGUGCUUACUGCCUCCCAUGUGCUUACUGCCUCCCAUGUGCUUACUGCCUCCCAUGUGCUUACUGCCUCCCAUGUGCUUACUGCCUCCCAUGUGCUUACUGCCUCCCAUGUGCUUACUGCCUCCCAUGUGCUUACUGCCUCCCAUGUGCUUACUGCCUCCCAUGUGCUUACUGCCUCCCAUGUGCUUACUGCCUCCCAUGUGCUUACUGCCUCCCAUGUGCUUACUGCCUCCCAUGUGCUUACUGCCUCCCAUGUGCUUACUGCCUCCCAUGUGCUUACUGCCUCCCAUGUGCUUACUGCCUCCCAUGUGCUUACUGCCUCCCAUGUGCUUACUGCCUCCCAUGUGCUUACUGCCUCCCAUGUGCUUACUGCCUCCCAUGUGCUUACUGCCUCCCAUGUGCUUACUGCCUCCCAUGUGCUUACUGCCUCCCAUGUGCUUACUGCCUCCCAUGUGCUUACUGCCUCCCAUGUGCUUACUGCCUCCCAUGUGCUUACUGCCUCCCAUGUGCUUACUGCCUCCCAUGUGCUUACUGCCUCCCAUGUGCUUACUGCCUCCCAUGUGCUUACUGCCUCCCAUGUGCUUACUGCCUCCCAUGUGCUUACUGCCUCCCAUGUGCUUACUGCCUCCCAUGUGCUUACUGCCUCCCAUGUGCUUACUGCCUCCCAUGUGCUUACUGCCUCCCAUGUGCUUACUGCCUCCCAUGUGCUUACUGCCUCCCAUGUGCUUACUGCCUCCCAUGUGCUUACUGCCUCCCAUGUGCUUACUGCCUCCCAUGUGCUUACUGCCUCCCAUGUGCUUACUGCCUCCCAUGUGCUUACUGCCUCCCAUGUGCUUACUGCCUCCCAUGUGCUUACUGCCUCCCAUGUGCUUACUGCCUCCCAUGUGCUUACUGCCUCCCAUGUGCUUACUGCCUCCCAUGUGCUUACUACUGCCUCCCAUGUGCUUACUGCCUCCCAUGUGCUUACUACUGCCUCCCAUGUGCUUACUGCCUCCCAUGUGCUUACUGCCUCCAUGUGCUUACUCUGCCUCCCAUGUGCUUACUUGCCUCCCAUGUGCUUACUGCCUCCCAUGUGCUUACUGCCUCCAUGUGCUUACUGCCUCCCAUGUGCUUACUGCCUCCCAUGUGCUUACUGCUCCCAUGUGCUUACUGCCUCCCAUGUGCUUACUGCCAUCCCAUGUGCUUACUGACUUCCCAUGUGCUUACUGCCUCCCUGUGCUUACUGCCUCCCAUGUGCUUACUGCCUCCCAUGUGCUUACUGCCUCCCAUGUGCUUACUGCCUCCCAUGUGCUUACUGCCUCCCUGUGCUUACUGCCUCCCAUGUGCUUACUGCCUCCCAUGUGCUUACUGCCUCCCAUGUGCUUACUGCCUCCCAUGUGCUUACUGCCUCCCAUGUGCUUACUGCCUCCCAUGUGCUUACUGCCUCCCAUGUGCUUACUGCCUCCAUGUGCUUACUUCUCUGCCUCCCAUGUGCUUACUGCUCCCAUGUGCUUACUGCCUCCCAUGUGCUUACUUACUGCCUCCCAUGUGCUUACUGCCAUCCCAUGUGCUUACUGCCUCCCAUGUGCUUACUGCCUCCCAUGUGCUUACUGCCUCCCAUGUGCUUACUGCCUCCCAUGUGCUUACUGCCUCCCAUGUGCUUACUGCCUCCCAUGUGCUUACUGCCUCCCAUGUGCUUACUGCCUCCCAUGUGCUUACUGCCUCCCAUGUGCUUACUGCCUCCCAUGUGCUUACUGCCUCCCAUGUGCUUACUGCCUCCCAUGUGCUUACUGCCUCCCAUGUGCUUACUGCCUCCCAUGUGCUUACUGCCUCCCAUGUGCUUACUGCCUCCCAUGUGCUUACUGCCUCCCAUGUGCUUACUGCCUCCCAUGUGCUUACUGCCUCCCAUGUGCUUACUGCCUCCCAUGUGCUUACUGCCUCCCAUGUGCUUACUGCCUCCCAUGUGCUUACUGCCUCCCAUGUGCUUACUGCCUCCCAUGUGCUUACUGCCUCCCAUGUGCUUACUGCCUCCCAUGUGCUUACUGCCUCCCAUGUGCUUACUGCCUCCCAUGUGCUUACUGCCUCCCAUGUGCUUACUGCCUCCCAUGUGCUUACUGCCUCCCAUGUGCUUACUGCCUCCCAUGUGCUUACUGCCUCCCAUGUGCUUACUGCCUCCCAUGUGCUUACUGCCUCCCAUGUGCUUACUGCCUCCCAUGUGCUUACUGCCUCCCAUGUGCUUACUGCCUCCCAUGUGCUUACUGCCUCCCAUGUGCUUACUGCCUCCCAUGUGCUUACUGCCUCCCAUGUGCUUACUGCCUCCCAUGUGCUUACUGCCUCCCAUGUGCUUACUGCCUCCCAUGUGCUUACUGCCUCCCAUGUGCUUACUGCCUCCCAUGUGCUUACUGCCUCCCAUGUGCUUACUGCCUCCCAUGUGCUUACUGCCUCCCAUGUGCUUACUGCCUCCCAUGUGCUUACUGCCUCCCAUGUGCUUACUGCCUCCCAUGUGCUUACUGCCUCCCAUGUGCUUACUGCCUCCCAUGUGCUUACUGCCUCCCAUGUGCUUACUGCCUCCCAUGUGCUUACUGCCUCCCAUGUGCUUACUGCCUCCCAUGUGCUUACUGCCUCCCAUGUGCUUACUGCCUCCCAUGUGCUUACUGCCUCCCAUGUGCUUACUGCCUCCCAUGUGCUUACUGCCUCCCAUGUGCUUACUGCCUCCCAUGUGCUUACUGCCUCCCAUGUGCUUACUGCCUCCCAUGUGCUUACUGCCUCCCAUGUGCUUACUGCCUCCCAUGUGCUUACUGCCUCCCAUGUGCUUACUGCCUCCCAUGUGCUUACUGCCUCCCAUGUGCUUACUGCCUCCCAUGUGCUUACUGCCUCCCAUGUGCUUACUGCCUCCCAUGUGCUUACUGCCUCCCAUGUGCUUACUGCCUCCCAUGUGCUUACUGCCUCCCAUGUGCUUACUGCCUCCCAUGUGCUUACUGCCUCCCAUGUGCUUACUGCCUCCCAUGUGCUUACUGCCUCCCAUGUGCUUACUGCCUCCCAUGUGCUUACUGCCUCCCAUGUGCUUACUGCCUCCCAUGUGCUUACUGCCUCCCAUGUGCUUACUGCCUCCCAUGUGCUUACUGCCUCCCAUGUGCUUACUGCCUCCCAUGUGCUUACUGCCUCCCAUGUGCUUACUGCCUCCCAUGUGCUUACUGCCUCCCAUGUGCUUACUGCCUCCCAUGUGCUUACUGCCUCCCAUGUGCUUACUGCCUCCCAUGUGCUUACUGCCUCCCAUGUGCUUACUGCCUCCCAUGUGCUUACUGCCUCCCAUGUGCUUACUGCCUCCCAUGUGCUUACUGCCUCCCAUGUGCUUACUGCCUCCCAUGUGCUUACUGCCUCCCAUGUGCUUACUGCCUCCCAUGUGCUUACUGCCUCCCAUGUGCUUACUGCCUCCCAUGUGCUUACUGCCUCCCAUGUGCUUACUGCCUCCCAUGUGCUUACUGCCUCCCAUGUGCUUACUGCCUCCCAUGUGCUUACUGCCUCCCAUGUGCUUACUGCCUCCCAUGUGCUUACUGCCUCCCAUGUGCUUACUGCCUCCCAUGUGCUUACUUGCCUCCCAUGUGCUUACUGCCUCCCAUGUGCUUGA